AUGUUAAAUAAACUUUGCACUCAUAUAAACCUUUCUGGUUUUGGCGAAUGGGGAAAGACAGAAAGAAAUCCAAGUGCACUUUUAAUUCAAUAAUUGUCUCCCUAAUAAUAGGAUGAUUUUAACAUUUAAUCCAUUAAAACUCUUAAAGUAACUAAGGAGGCAUGUGAUGAUUAUUUAAGCUAAAUCAAUCAUAAAAAUGCUAUUAAUAUCCAUCUUGGAUUAUCUCAUGAACUUUAAAAUUAUUAAUUUGAAAUAUGUGCUUAUAAUAAAUUAGAUUAUCUAAUAAGUGAUUUUAAUGGAUGUAAAAUAAGAAGAGUAAAAAUUGAUUAAGAUUUCGAUAUGGAUGAUUAGAUAAAAUCUUCGUUAAACAUUGAUUUACUUAUAUCUUAACUAUAAAAGUCAGGACAUUAAGUUAAGAAGUCUUAUGAUCCAGAUCGAUUUCUUUGCAAUUAUUUAUAUUAUCAAUCAUUAAAAUAGAAUCCUCAAACUUUAUUUGUACAUAUUCCACUCUAUGAAACUAUAUAAGAAGAAAAAUAAAUUUAAUUUUUGCUUGAUCUACUCUCUGUUUUAAAAGAAUAAUAUUAAAUUAAAUGA